UUUGAUGAUAAUAUUAAUGAAUGGCAGCCAUAUAUUAUCUACAUGGGUGAAAAGCCAGAAGUAUUAUUCAGUCACACAACAGCAAAGAAUCAACAUCAUAGUCUACUAUCUGAAGUCAUUGGAGAUGCGAGUAUUGCGGCCGAAUCGACAAUCUAUAACUAUAGAAGAAGCUUUAAUGGAUUCGCCGCAAACCUACUCCCUCAUGAAGCAAAACGAUUAAUGGAAAAGGGAAAUGUGGUAUCAGUUUUUCCAAGUAAGGUGAGAAAACUUCACACAACAAGAUCAUGGGAUUUUCUCGGAAUGCCUUUAUCUGCCACAAGGAACAAGAAAAUCGAGAGCAAACUUGUUAUUGGCCUCCUAGAUACUGGAGUAUGGUUAGAUUCACCUAGUUUUGAUGAUACUGGUUAUGGACCUCCACCAUCUAAAUGGAAGGGAGAUUGCACAAAAGGUCCACACUUUAGUGGAUGCAACAAUAAAAUUAUUGGUGCCUCAUAUUUCAACCUAGAUAAGAUAGACGGUAAAACCGACGUUCUAAGCCCAUCCGACACAAAUGGGCACGGAACACACACAUCAUCAACCGCAGUUGGUGUGGCAGUCCCCGGAGCUAGUCUAUACGGGCUGGCAAAAGGGACUGCACGCGGUGGGGCAAACUCGGCUCGUCUAGCCAUGUACAAGGUUUGUUGGGAAAUGGGUUGUAGUGACAUGGACAUUUUGGCCGGUUUCGAUUCGGCUAUAGACGAUGGAGUAGACAUCAUAUCGGUUUCGCUUGGAGCCGAUGAUUCGGCAAAUUUCAUGGAAGAUUCCAUUGCCAUUGGAUCUUUCCAUGCAAUGAAGAAAGGAAUAUUGACUUCUUGUUCAGCAGGAAAUUCAGGACCUGAUUUAUCUACUGUUCAAAAUGUGGCUCCUUGGGUUGUGACAGUUGGUGCUUCUAGUAUUGAUAGAAAGUUCAAGACUGAUGUUAAAUUGGGCAAUGGAAAAUUGAUUUCUGGAACUUCUAUCAACACAUUCUCCCCUAAUAAACAAAUGUACCCUUUGACUAAUGGAGUAGAUUCAGCUGACAAGAGUAGCUCAUUUCAGGGUUUGAAUGUGAGUGCUUGUGACGAUAAAUCAUUGAGUCGGUUUAAGGUGAUGGGUAAGAUAGUGCAUUGCCUUGGCAAUAACGGGUUUCAACCUUCAACCAUCCAAGCCAUAGGAGGUACCGGAACAAUCUUGUCUGAUGAUCCAACGAGAAACCUAGCCGCAAGCUACUCGGGGCCAGCAUCUGUGGUUAGCGAUAGAGAUGGAAGAAUAAUUGACAAUUAUAUCAACACAACAAAAAAUGCAAAGGCUGUAAUAUACAAGUCAAAAACUAGUUCUAUGGAUGCACCUUUUGUAGCUUCAUUCUCAUCAAGAGGACCUCAAACCAUCACUCCAAGCAUUCUUAAACCCGAUUUGGCGGCGCCUGGAAUCAGCAUAUUGGCGGGAUAUUCUCCUGUGGCAUCCGUUAGCGGAAAUUCUGAUGACAAGAGAACAACUUUGUAUAACAUUGUAUCAGGAACAUCGAUGGCUUGUCCUCAUGUCUCUGGUGCGGCUGCAUAUGUUAAGUCUUUUCAUCCCAAAUGGUCACCCGCUGCGAUCAAAUCUGCUCUUAUGACGACGGCAACCCGGAUGAAAGUUAGACCAGAGGAGACUGAGCUAGGAGCCGGUUCGGGUCAAAUAAACCCGACAAAAGCAGUGGAUCCGGGUUUGAUAUAUGACUUAAAAGAGAGUUCUUACAUAAGUUUUCUAUGCAAAGAAGGCUACAAUAGCACAUCUCUAAUGAUGCUAACAGGCAAUUCAAAGGAUGCCAUCAGUUGUUCUAAUUACAAAGCAAAAGGGUCAGAUGGGCUCAACUAUCCAUCAAUGCAUUUUCAAGUUCCAUUGGAUAUGAGUUCUUUUUCGAGUUCUUCGAAAUUCUCGGCUGUUUUCUAUCGAAAAGUGACUAAUGUUGGGGAUAAAAAUGCAAUGUACAAAGCGAAAGUCGAAUCGACUAAAGGGCUAAAUGUGAAAGUUGAGCCAGACACUUUGAAGUUUAAUAAGGUUAAUCAGAAGAAGUCUUUUAAAGUUGUGGUUCAAGGGAUGCUUGAAAAGAAUGAUUUUAUGAAAGUUGCUUCUUUGGUUUGGACUGAUUCUCAACAUUUUGUUACAAGUCCGGUUGUUGUUUCUAGACAGUUACCAUUUUGA